AACAUUUGUGCAUAGUUCAUUAUGUUUAAUAAAUAUGAAACACGAAAUGAUGUUAUUUUCUAUGCUUCAGCUGUAUGUAUUAUAUACAUAAAUAAUAAUAUAUUACAUGCAUAAACAAUAAUACAAUUUAAAAUGAAGUUGGUCUUUUUCUUUUAGGAAAAGCUUAUGCUUUACUAUUGACUCACAAACUUUCAAUUAGCGGUAUGUGUCUUUACGUAAUUAGCAAACAAUUAAUUACCGACUCAGGCCUUUAAUUUACCGACACGGGCCUUUAAAGGCCAAUAAGUAACCAAUUAGUAAACAACUCACUGCUUUAAGUAUGAUACAAACUGUGUAAUUAACUGAAAGCGUAAAUAAAGUCAGUUAAACACACAGUAUAUAAUACGUGUGUUGUUCGUUGAAUUCACAUAACCAGUAAUGGCUUGCGAAUAUCCUUGUGUGUACUGUGCACUGAAUGUUGGUGAAGAAGAUAAAGCACUCUCAUGCGAUGAAUGUGAAAGAUGCCAGCAUACUGAAUGUGGUGAUGUUCAUGCAACCGACGUGGAUCCGAGGUUCAAUGUGGACACCAGACAAUUGGAGCGUGUAUCGCCAGACGGUACGAACGAACAACGACGUUGAAGGUUGGCAUCGCAGAAUCAACGGUCGAGCAGGGCGUCCCGACCUAGGGUUUUACGUGCUUGUCCCCCUGUUGUGCCGUGAGGCAGAAACAGUGGAUCUGACAAUCCGCCUAGUGUCGGAGCACGCCCUUACUUGGGUACACCGGAAAAUCUUCAAAGAAGUGCACGGGCGACUCUUCAAGAUCUGGGAGAAGUAUGAAGACGAUGACAUGACAACUACUCAACUGCUGAGAGCGUGCAACCAUAUCAUUGGGCUGGGGCCGAGCACAACCCAGGACGACAUCCACAAUGAGGACUUCUAAAAUGCAAUACAUUGUAUAUAUGAUUUGUGUAUUUAUAUGAUAGGAUAGUAUGCUGCU